GCGACACGGCCGCGGCUCACCCGCUGCGGGGGAACGAGAGCGCCCGUUUCACGUCGCCUCCACGCCCACCUCCUGCCGCCUGAGCCCCCUCCCUUUGCCACAGCGCCGACUCCCCUCGGGUUGCCCUCAUUGUUGGCCGCGUCUGUCACUUUGCGGGCCGGGUGACAUGAAUAGAUGGGCUGGACACACCUUCUGUCUUUCUAGAAAAAAACCCUAGCGACCCGCACAGACUCCCGGCGCUCCUAGAGCCUGCGCCGCCGCUCCAGGGGGCGCACAGGACCCCCCACCCCCACCCGCUCAUUCCUCCCAGCCCUAAAAAGAACGCCCAACGCAAAUAAAUAAUACCGGCCCACGCCCGCGGCGUCCUCGGCGCCCGUCCUCCCCGCCGGCUCGGCGCGCUCGGCCCGCGGAGGGCGGCGGCGGCGGCGGCGGGUUCGGUGCGCGGCGCGAGGGAGAGGCGGGCGCGACGGGCGCGCACCAUGCUCCCCAGCGCCGUGGCGGCCCACGCCGGCGCCUACUGGGACGUGGUGGCCUCUUCUGCGCUGUUCAGCCUGCCGGCCACGCCGGGCUUCGGCAGCCUGGGCAAGAGUUUCCUGAUCGAGAACUUGCUGCGGGUGAGCAGCGCCCCGGCGCACGGGCUGCCGCCGCCCCCGCCCCCGCCCCCGCCGCACGGCCCCGCGGCCGCCCUCGCCGCCGCCGCCGCCGCGGGCGCGCAGCUCCGGACCCUGCCCGCCAGCCCGGUGCCCUUCAAGCUGUGCCCCGCGGCCGGGCCGGUCAGCCCGGCUGGGCCGCCCUACGGCACGCGCUGGGCGUUCCAAGGGUUCAGCCCCUCGGCGGACGGCGCGAGGCUGCCCGGUCGCGCUCCGGAGGACCGGGACGGGGCCUUCCGGCCGUCGGCCCCAGUGCCUUCCAAACCCUUUUUUCUGAGUGCUCCGCCGUUCUACUCUUCGUGCUGCGGUGGGUCCUGUCGGCGUCCUGUGUCCCCCACUGCCUUUCCAAGAGAAGAGAACAUGCUGCCUCUGCUGACACAGGAGUCCAGUUCCAAAGCUCGGAGGGGCAUUUUAAGGAGAGCUGUGUUUUCAGAGGACCAGAGGAAGGCUCUGGAAAAGAUGUUUCAGAAGCAGAAAUACAUCAGCAAAACAGACCGAAAGAAACUUGCCAUCAACUUGGGACUAAAGGAAUCACAGGUGAAAAUUUGGUUUCAGAACAGAAGGAUGAAGUGGCGGAAUUCCAAAGAAAAGGAAGUGCUCUCCAGUAGGUGUAUCCAAGAAGUAAACCUUCAAGAGGAUCCCCUGUCGCGAUCUGCUCUGAGUUUCACUCCGUGCCCGUCAGUAUGGGAAGUCUCCCAACAACACUCAAGCCCAAGAUGGGGGGAGAAUUCUCCAGAACCUGUGGAAAGACUAGUCCAGGAAAGUUCACAGGCACUGCCACCAGAAGAAAAUUCACUGCAAGGUGCCUUGUAUUUGUGCUCUGAGGAAAAAGUUGGAGACAAAGACAUACUUUCUACAGCUGUCUGAAUGAAAGCAUUCCUCCAAGUGAAUUUAAAAGAACACUUAACCAGUAGAGUUUGGACUCUAAAACCAGUUAGCUUGUGCCUCACUGAUACCUAGAACCUAUCAGCUUUGAAAUGAUGCAUGAACUAAUGCUUUAGGAAACCUACUUCGGUGUUCUUUUAUUUUGCCCUAGACUCAGGCUUAAUUUGUAAAUGGAGUAGAAUCUCCCAGGAGAUAUAGUACAUUGGAACUGAGAGGGAUAUGAGCAAGCUUUGGCUCAGGCCCUGCUCUGAGUGUUUGUAUAUACGUGUGUCUCUCUGUGUGUAUAUAUGUAAAUAUUCAUUAAAAUACAGUAGUAGAAACUAGUUUCUCUUUAAAUUUUGCAUUGAUAAUUCAUUUUUAUGAAGAAAAAUCAUUGACAAAAUGUUAUUUUUUAAAAUAAUGUAAAAUUUGGACUUUAGUUUAUACUUCUAUACCACAAGAAUACAUUUUAAAAGAUUCUACAUUUUCUGGUUUCUUUUGUUAUCCAGCUUAUGUGAGUUUUAAUAGCUCAGAAACCCUAAAUAGAUGAGCCACAGUUAGAUACAUACACAGAAUAUGUGUGUUUAAAAUAGUCCCAACAAGAAAAUCAGAAUUUCUGAAUGUAACUAAUAUUUUAAAUUUCCAAGUCUCAGGACUUUAUGAAGCCACCAAUAAGGGAGUUACCAAUUUAACUAAUAAUUAUCUUUUGAUCUUCUUUCUGUAGGGAUAGGCCUACACUAGCCUUUGCAAAAAUAAAAUGAAUGCCCUUUAGCGCCUGUCAGAUAAGUAGAGGUCAUGGCUCACCUAGAGAUAGACAUUUGAGUUUAGUACUUCUUCAGAUAUGGUGUUGGCUAAACAAAACAUCUGUGUAAAGUAGUGUGGGAGCUCUGGCCAAGAAUAAAGAAAGCCGUGGUGUCACAGUUCUUAAAAUGUUCCCAGUUGGACUUAAAAACACAAUACUGAUGGAAUCUACGAUGACUUCUGUUUGUACUUUUAGUUAUAGGCUCAAUUUUCCACUUAGUUGGCAUAAACUAUAUUUAUGAUUAUUUUAUAUAUUAACAAACACCACACAGAUGUUUUAUGUUUUUUUACUACUCUAAAACAAUAUAUUAGUAAACUUACAUUUCUGGUAACAAUUUGCUUAGUUAAUCCAGAAAUUUUAAAUCUAAGUAUGAGAAAAACUUAUGUUUCAUUUUGAAAGAAAUGAAGCCGAAAAGGGAAAUGAUGUAGUGUUGAAUUAAGCUGUCAUUAAUUUGUGGACAAGAAACAUUACUAGAACUUCAUUAUGUGGCAUUUUGUUAGCAGACUGUGUUGAGUGGCUUCUAACUUGCUAACCUGUUCAGCCAUAGGCUUUGAAGCUUUCACAAUUCGAAAAAGAAAUAAAAUGGGAUAAUCAUUUUAAUCAAUUUUGGGAAAUUAUUUUUAUCAGUGGAAUUUGAAGUAGUAUAUGUUAACCAGUGCCUAUCACAUGAUCCUUUUACUUAAAAGUCACUUUAGAAGUUUGCCUUAGUGUCUCACGGGGAGUGGGAAAAGGAAUCUACUGACAAUUUAAAUUUAAAACCUGUUUUUGAAGGACUUACAAUACUUUAUUUUCUUUACUUAAUGUUGUGUAUAGUGGGUUAACUUACUUAAUCCCCACAGCAGUAACCCUGUGAUCUACGAAAUACUCUACUGUCAGGAUUCCUGUUACUCAGACCAUAGAGUAUAGUUGGGGUGAUUUUCCAAGAUUAUAAGGUUAAUAAAUGGAAUUUGGGCCCCUAACGUUCAAGUUUCAAAGCUUGAAAUCUUGCCAACCUGUGGGGUGCGUAUAUACUCAUAUAGCUAUCCGAUGUCUUAUAAGAGAUGCAUUUUGGGAUUUACAGUGAGAUUUUGCUAAAGAAAUUUAGAAACGUUAUAUUUUACAUCCUCUUAAUAGAUUUUUUUCCUCUGAGAUUUUAAAGUAUAAGAAAAGGAAUUAUAAAUCAUAAACAGUAGUAAAUUAUUAAGUGCUUGUAUAUAAUAAGUGUUUCUUGAUUAUUAUAAGUUAAGACUUGGGAGAAGCCUGUCAAGGACAUGUGAUUACCCAGGUUGGAGAAAUGGGCUAAUAAUCUAUCAUAAUUGUUGCUUAAAUGAUCUUCUGUCAGGAUACUAUGUAUUAGCAUAUUUGUUGUCAUCUUUUUACAUAAAUACUGCUCUGAUUUAACACUGGGACCAUAGGUAACUGAAGGUUGAAACAUUGCAAGUUUUUCAAAAGAAAUUGUCAAAUAGACUUAAGCAGAUGAAGAAUAUGUGGUGAGAAUUAUCUCCUAAGUCUUUAUGAAUAUUUAGGUUUAGAAAUAAACAGAUUAGGAAUGAUCUGUGAUUCUGGAGUUGUGAAGGAUAUGAUCAUUCAUGCCUGAAUAACAGCUCUAUUUUCCUUGUAAUAAAAUGGCUUUACUGGGGGGACCCA